AUGGCCGUCACUUCGCCAUCCAAGGGGCCAAGGAGAGCCACUAAGGGCUCCGCAGGACUGGACCUCCGCACCACCACCAGACUCGUACUAACUCCUCGGAUGGGGGUCCAGUUGAUAGAAACUGAUUUUAAAGAACCCCUUGAGCCUGGCACAGUAGGGUUACUUAUAGGGAGAUCAUCUACAGCUUUAAGAGGACUGCAUGUCCAUCCAGGAGUUAUUGACCCAGAUUAUACCAGGGUAGUCAAGAUCAUGGUAGAAUCGCUGAAAGGGAUUACUGCCAUUUCCCCUGAGUACAGAAUAGCCCAACUAUUACUUUUACCUAGUCUUCAUGAAAGAUUUGCAGCCCAGUCCAGAGAGAGGGGAGAGAAGGGUUUCAUUCCACAGGCUCUGACCUUACAUUUUUAG